CUCCCUUGGUCAUGCAGUCCCUUUUUCAAAUUCAAAUGGUCAUUUCCCUCUCCCAUAAACCCAAUUGGCCAAUUCCCUUCUCUCCUCAUUUCUUUCUCUCUGAUCAUUAAACUGUUUUUGAAAGACCACAAUUAAACCAUAACAUAAAAGAAGGUACAAAAUGUGCACACCAUGGACAAUUCCAAGGUUUGUCAGAUGGAGAGUGAGGGACUGGGCUUCUUGUUUCUUGGCUUGCAGGUUUCCUAUAGAUGAUGAACCAAAUACAUAUCGUUCUUCAUCACCUCAACCAGUGAAAAAUAUGUCUUUCGACAAAAAGGGUGAUAGUAAAGUCAAUCAGAAUAACAAAAAAAUGUCAUGGCACAAAAAACGCAGCAAAGAGAAACGACCAAAACUCAGUUCCACACAACAACCUAAAGACUCCAACAACAACAUUCCAGUUGAAAAUGGCGCUGAUGAAGCACGUUGGCCACAUUUUUCAGAUGAAGAAUACAUAGUAUUCUGCUUUAGAGAGGAUGGAGCAUUUGAUGUAGUCAAAGAUGGAAAGCCAGAAACUUCCAAACCCUUUGACUGCACGUCCAGAAAUUCAAGACCUGUAAACCGAAAGCUUAAUUAUGUUGACGAAGCCAAAACAGUUGUAGAAAGGUAUAGCAAUGAGGAAAAGUUGAAGAGAGAUGGACAUGAUAUUUUCCCUACAAAUGAUGGAGGUGUUAGGAUCUCUGACCAAAAGGAUGAGGAAGAAGAUUGCAUAUACUUCGAUACAGAAUCGCCUACACAUGGAUUCAGAAGGAGAUAUCAAAGUGAGGAGGUUGAAGACCGUGGCCUGGUAUCAGUAGAAUCAAGUGAAUCCAAUCUAUCAGAUGGCAGUUCACGCUCUUUUGCCUUCCCUGUGUUGGGUUGGGAAUGGAUGGGUAGUCCUGUGCAGAUGCCAAAAUCAGAAGGCCUGCAGUUAAGGAAGCACAAGGCCCGUUUUGUGGGCUUUCAGUGUUGUAAAUUCUGAAGUUUGCUGUCUCUGUCUCUUUCUCCGUUCUCUUCCACUCUCCCUCAAUUUUGUCUCACAUAGGAUUGGAUUGAACAUCAAGAAACUACUUGUACUUAUCAUUCAUUCGUACAAAUAGAAAUGAUUUUAAUGUUUAAGAUUUUUAACCAUAUGUGAAUAUCCCACUUUUAAGUUUUAA